AUAUUUAUAUCACAAGAGAAACAAAUUGAUAGACAUUCAUGUAUAGAACCUUCAAAACACAAACCAAAACGCCUCUUGCUCUUUCUCAUUUCAGUCACUUUCCGGUGACAACUCCGACCAAUACUCCGUCCAUCGAUUUUUGAAGUCGUUUCGAGACUUCGAUACUAUAAAAUAGAGAUGACAAGAGAAUGAGAAACCAUCGACGGCGAUCAUGUCACUGCCGUGCUCCGAUUGCUUCACCGACCUUCUCUGCAGCGAGGAAUCAUCAGAAAUUUUCUCCGGCGAGUCGCCGGAAUGCUCGUCGGACCUCGAAUCUCCGGCAUGUGUCGAAGAAUCCAUUGCCAGUUUCAUUGAAGAUGAAAGGAACUUCGUUCCUGGAUUCGAUUACUUAUCUCGGUUCCAAUCUCGCUCUCUCGAUGCAUCGGCUCGCGAAGAAUCCGUUGCAUGGAUUCUCAAGGUUUAUCAGCCGUUGGAUCCGCGGCUACUUCUCAUGGAUUGGCAGCGCAUGUAUAUAUGUCCAUGCUUUUAUUCAUCCUUUACGCGGUUCGUUUUUUCAGGUGCAAGCAUACUAUAGAUUCCAGCCAUUGACGGCUUAUCUGUCCGUCAACUAUUUGGAUCGGUUCCUUUAUUCCCGUCCAUUGCCGCAAGCAAAUGGAUGGCCAAUGCACCUUUUAUCCGUUGCUUGCUUGUCAGUAGCAGCUAAGAUGGAGGAAGCUCUGGUUCCUUCUCUAUUGGAUCUCCAGUUUGAAGGUGCCAAAUAUAUCUUCGAACCCAGAACAAUCCGCAGAAUGGAACUUCUCGUUCUCAGUGUGUUGGAUUGGAGGCUACGAUCCAUAACACCAUUUAGCUUUCUUGGUUUCUUCGCAUGCAAGAUCGAUUCAACGGGAACUUACAUUGGGUUUCUGAUUUCAAGGGCCACGGAAAUCAUUUUAUCUAAUAUGAAAGAAGCGAGUUUUCUUGAGUAUUGGCCAUCAAGCAUUGCUGCCGCAGCCAUACUUUGUGCAGCCAAUGAAAUACCAAACUUGUCUCUUUUUAAUCCUGAACAUGCUGAAUCGUGGUGUGAUGGGCUAAGCAAAGAAAACAUCAUCAGCUGCUACCGCUUAAUGCAAGAUCUUGUGCUUGACAACAGCCGGAGGAAACCCCCAAAAGUCUUACCGCUGCUUAGAGUAACAAUCCGGGCUAGAAUGAGGUCCAGUGACUCAUCUUCUUCUCCAUCUUCAUCUUCUUCCUCAUCAUCAUCUCAUAAAAGGAGAAAAUUAAAUAACUGCUUAUGGACGGAUGAUGACAAAGGAAACUCCGAGUGAUGGCAAAGAGGAUAUAAAAAAUGGAGGAAAAAAGGAGAAAAAAAAAUAAAGGAAAGAAAAUAAUGGUGGUCCAAGUUAUAUAGAAUCCUCAAAAAUAUUUUCUUGGAGCGUUUUGAGGGCAAAUUGAGACGAUUGAUAUGUAGAUUAUUUUGUGUAUAUAUGUGUGAGGUAGAGUUUGGUGAGUUUGGAGAUUUAUUAAUUUUUUUGGUGGGGUUUGCCAUUGAUUAUUAAUGGCAUUGCAGAUUCCCAAGGGAGGGGGAUUUGUUACCUUAAUAUUUUUGUGUGAGAAAGUUAGGAGAAGAGAGAGAAAGCUUAUGUUUUAAAUAGUAGUCAUAGAGUGUGAAAGAAGUGGGGUGAUGAAAUUCAAUGACAGCAUCGAUUGUAGAAUGAAAGGAAGGAGAUGGUGGGACCUUAAGGGGCAAAGAAAAUCAAAUGGGUAAGCGAAAAUAAUGGAUUGAACUUAGAAGUUUGAGCUGUUCAUAGAAAACAAGGAAAGCUACCAAGCUUCUCUUAUCUUGGCCGCCAUCAUUUUCAUCGCUCCGUCUUUUGAUGGGAAGAAACUCCAAAGAAAAGAAAAUAAUAACAUGGCUCUGUCAACACAUGAUAUGAUAUAUGUUUAUAGAUUUUGAGAGUGGUUUGUGUGCACAUGCUCUAGGGGUGCAUGGCACACACGUGUGUAUGUGUGCUUUUUUGGCGGGAAUUGCCUCUUCUAAUGGCCUUGAACUUGGCCUAACCAUACUAGUAGACUCUUAACCACGUGACUGGUGGUUACAUGUGUGUAAACUUUUUCCUAAUUUCCUUUUUCUUUUCUUAAAAAUUUUUUCCUUGUUUUAUUAUUAUUUUUUUUUCAAGAGAAGGAAUCUCUUACGAGGCCUAACUUUGGCCUGGCAAAUACAAAGGUCUUUGGGGCCUUUCACGCGUGCUUGUAUCUGAUUCUGAUUAAUAUAAUAAUAAAAAUAUAUUUUUCUUUUAAAA